AUGCACACCCCUACAAAUUAUCUUUUAGCUAGCAUGGCCGUUAGUGAUGUCUUCACCAUAAUGAUGAUUGCUGCUCACAGGUUUGUCUUCAGUCAACAUAUACUUGAUGAAAAAUUCGGGAACUUGGUUUGCAAGGCAGCGGUCCUCAUUACAGCGUUCGCAAUAGUUUCUUCCAUUACUCUUACUGUGCUAGCCGUAGAAAGAUACAACGCUUUGCUCAAGCCUUUAAGAACGGGAUUACGCUUAAAUAAAGACAAUGUUAAAAAGGCCAUCGCUCUAAUUUGGGUGACAAGUGUUCUCGUAUCCUUCCCGUCUGUCUUCUUUCAAGAAUUCGAACCCGUUCGCUCCGUAUGUGUUGGUCCACGGGAUUCAAAUAUUGAUCUAGCGUUGAAGAUAUACUUGAUUUUACAUACCGCCAUGUUAUUAAUACAAUCGGUGGUCAUGGUAUUUUGCUAUGGUUCCUUGAUCAGAGGUCUCUACUUUACCAACACACAGUUCGCCCAGAAACUGAAACCACCGAUGGCGAGAGAAGCUCGGAGAAGAAGAAACUUGUUAUCACAUUCCUUCUAG